GAGACCACGGUGGAGAAGAAAAAACGCGUACUCGCCGGUCUUACUAAUGCGCGGUGCUGUCUCUCGUACAACUACGUAACGACUAUAGCUAAUGGUGUAAUAGAAUUAACUCUGAUACCCAGUUUACCAAAUGUGGUAAAUGUCACAAACUACAUCACAAAGAGAAUUGUCCAGCCCAUGGGACCACAUGUAGAAAUUGUUGUAAAUUUAAUCAUUGGCA